GAUCGGAGCUGUUACACGGACCGGGAGAGUUCAAGGAGUUAAGUGAUCAGCAGUGCGAUAUUUGCUCCAUGAGGACAGAGAAAUAAGCAUGAAACCCCUGCACUAACUGUUCUCACUGCAGCUGAGGAGCCGUGGCGUGUCACAGCUGGACAAAGGCACCUCUGCCUAUGGCAGGGGUGGAGAUCUGAGAGCUGAUGCUUUUUGCCCAGUCUGUGUAUUACUCCGAGCUCCACGACAAGCACAGCAGCUUUGGCAUCACUUCAUUUGUGCAGUUUCACUCAGAUUAGUAAGUUCUCCAAGCACCGUAACUAAGCUAGGAAGGUGUACGUAAAAGACAAGUGCCAUGAAUCAGACUAUAGAAGUGCCGACAGAAGGGAACUCCCUGAUCAGAGCUGUCUAUCAGAGUCGACUACGCCUCACCAGGCUGUUGUUGGAAGGUGGGGUCUACGUCAAUGAAAGUAACAAUAGAGGUGAAACCCCCUUAAUGAUUGCCUGUAGGACAAGACAUUCAGACUCUCAGAGUGUCAGCAAGGCAAGGAUGGUUAAAUAUCUACUGGAAAACAAGGCAGAUCCAAACAUCCAGGACAAAUCUGGAAAGACAGCCUUGAUGCAUGCUUGCCUAGGAAAAGCGGGGCCUGAGGUGGUUUCUCUGCUGCUGAAAAGUGGAGCUGACCCAAGCCUACAAGAUCACUCUGACUGCUCUGCGCUGGUGUAUGCAAUAAACUCUGAAGACAGAGAGACUCUGAGAAUUCUUCUCAAUGCCUGUAGAGCAAGAGGAAAGGAGGUUAUCAUAAUCACAACAGAGAAGUCUCCAUCGGGAAGGCUGACAACAAAACAGUACUUAAACGUGCCUCCUCCAGAACUUGAGGUAUGCCACUCUCCAGUUUCCUACAUUGCCCCAUCCAAAAUAGAACUGACAUUAUCACCCCCGCUUUCAAGCUCAAAUGAAACUAAAAGGGCACACUUCAGCUUCAGUGAUCUGGAGCAUCCCGAACACAAUGACCAUUCUCAGCCAGUUUCACCAAGAAAUUCAAGUUCAUCAGGCAUGGGACCCAAGCUGACACAUUUGCAGCAACUUCAGUCUGAGCCGUGGGUAAAGCACUCUACUUCCUCGUUUCACCAGAAUAAGAUUUCCAAUCUACGUGGAGAGCUCCAGGAUAUAACUCCAGAAGAAAAGCUCUCUUCCAAAGCCAGUGGCUUUGCCUUAUCAAAGAAGUUUGUUAACAGGCUCCAAAAUAUUGACAUAAAAGACACUGCUAACUUAUUGAAAAGUGCUGCUCAAAGUAGAUCAAAGAAAUUAUACAAGGUGAUAAACACUCAGACUUGUAGUGAAGAGGAGCAUCUUCCCAGUGAGAUCCUUGGGGGUGAGGAUGAGAAUUCUAGUUUGGGACCAACCAGCUUAAUUUCAAACCUACGCAGUAUUAUCAAAAAAAGAAGCUUAGGAGCAAAUCAUCACAGCGCUCAUUCUCAGUUAACUACUGCUCUACAUCCUGCUGCUGCAGAAGACAGUAAGUCAGUGAUAGGAAAGAAGAAGACUGUGUCUCCAACUCACUCUUUGUUUCCAAGUUCUAGAGAUUUACUGGAGAAAAUACCUUCUGUUCCCAGGAGAAGAAAAAAUGAGACUUUUCCAGAAAGACAGGGUUCAGGAGCCUUUCUGCUGGAUAACAGUGCUCGGGCAAGACCAGCUUUUCUUCCACCGCUCAAUGUGAAUCUGCAGCCCCCAAUUCCGGAUGUUAAUUUCUUACAUAAGAAAUUACCCUAGAAACCUUAUGGGCAAAAACAAUACCAGCAGCACCUGCUUCCCUUAGUGAGACCAAAAAUACAAAAAAGCUACUAAGGAAGCAGUCAUUACAGACUUAGCAGAUUAGGCAAGUAGUGAAUUUUUGACAGGAGAUUGAAGAGUUAUAAAAUGUUUACAAUGUGUACAGACUCACUGCUCUACCUAACUGUAAAAGAUGGCAGAUCUGUGAUGUAGGGCUCUCAGCCUCAGAAUGAAUUAAAUGGCUUAGGUACUACAUCAAAAGAUAUACUUACCCAUCUAAUGAAUUAAUUAAAUGACGUUGCUUUCUGCAGACUGAGGAAUAUUUAUUAUAUGCUCUUAAUUUCAGCUUUAGCACUGAAGCCUUACCCACAUCAGUCUGAAUGUAUGCGGGAUAUUAGGUGAUGCAGUUCUCAGUUCUAGGUUGCAAGUUUUGCCCAAACACUGCCUUGUUUUUCCAUCCAGACAAGUUGUACAAAUGAAAUUUGGGAACCUGGAACAUUUGACUUUGAUGCUGGACAUGAGAGUUUUGUGAUAUCCAGACAUUCCAGACACGAGCCUGUGCUUGAAGGGUGGGCAGUGGUGGGUGCCAAUAGGCAACAUCCUCUGGCUUCCGUGAAUUUACUGCUUGUAAACAGACAAUGCACAGACUAUAAAUGAAAACAGAUGUUACAAAGCUAUGCUGUAUGCGUAGCUUCACUUGAGAAAUUCCAGAUGAAGACUGGGAAUGUGCUCGAUGUGCCCACUGGGAAUCGGCACAGUACACAGACCUCCGAGCGCUGCAGCUGGGCAUUCAGCAUCUGACAGCAGUCCAGCAUGGAGCCAUGAGGCCAGCAGAGUGCCUGAGUGGUGCUCUCGCUUCUCACGUAAAAUGACCAAACCCUGCUUGCAGCACCAGGUAGCCACGUCCAUCAACAUGGGCUUCUCAGGCUGUCUGCUGGAGUUCACUGAUUAAAACAAGGAUGGGUGGGGGAGGUAAAGGCUCUGUCAAAAUGGAGCUGUUACUUGCAGCUUCAGGCAGAACACGUGGGACCUUGUCCUCCCCAUACGCGUGUUUCUUCUCUACACAAGAUGCAGGUGGUGGAAGGUAUCACAUACCUUUCCUCGCCUGGGAGCAAGGGUGAGCUCUGUCCUGCUCUCACAUAUUAAAAGAAAAUAAUAAUAAUUAAAAAAAUCCAACAAUGGGGAUAUUCACCUGGGAGCUGGAAGACCUCAUCUUGCCUAAUUUGAAGCAAGAGUAUGAGUUUGCUACAGGUCAGAAACAUGCUUUGCCUCUAAGAUAAUUCAUAUAUAUUUUUAAUCGUUUCUAUCAAAGAUGUGCUUUUCCUUCCUGUUUGGUGUUUUGUGGUUCCAAACAUCUAUCUUGCAUUUGUGUAUGUUCUGUAGAUGAUUUAUGGCAUCAAAUCUAACAUUUAAUAACUUGUCUUCUAAAGCUUGAGAAGUAUUUAAUGUGCUCUCUUUUGCCAAUAUUUACCAAAAACAAACAAACAAACAAAAAAGCCAUCUGUAUUGGUGUCUGUAUAACCUGAAUUUCUGUAUGCCAAAAUGAGGUGCCCUUUCCUAAAAAUACUGUGGGUGUUAUCUGUCGUCUUCUGGAUUCUGUCAAAAUUCACUCUGCGCUGUUGCCUAAUGAAUAGCUGUAUGAGUAGUGAUGUUGUUUAGUCUUGCUCUUACUAUAAGACAGUUUCAAGUAAAUAAUAAAUAUACAAUCUCUCUGUAAAUUCCUUUUGAUGGAAAAAUAUAAAAAUAUAUAAAAAUGAAUAUGAAUAUAUAAAAAUAUAGAAUAUAUAUAAAAAGCCCCUAAUAUAUAUUUUUUGAAGAAGGAAAUUUUCGACAUACAGAAAUAGCAUGGUUUAACAUCCCUGCUCAACAACACUGAACAAAAUGCACAUCCAGAAUUACAGAUUUAAAUCUUAAAAUGAUUUUUCGAUACCAAGUCUUUUCAACCUCUGGAUUAUAGAGAUUCUGUGAGAAUUGCUCUCUGUCCAAACUCCCACAGGUAACCAGAAUGAGCGAAGGAAACCUGUUCCACUGUAGUCAAAAUUAACUCCUCCACAAAAAAUACAUAAGCCUUGAAAGUCGCAGUGCUCACAGCUCUGCUAACCUGAGAUGUGUAGCACCCUGAUGCACAGUGACCCGCAGAGAGUUUGACGUGGAUACAGCUGUCACACUUGCUUUGUUACUUCAUCAAGUAUUCCUCAGUGGGUGUCUCAGAAAUAACCAGUUCCGGUCACAAACACGUUGCUGGCGACAGGAAUAGGGUAUUUAUUUGAUUGCUUGUUCAUCUUUCAGAGAAGGACUGUUCAUCCCUUGAAAGUUCCUUACUCAUUUAUGGAUGAGUAAGAAUGGGGUAGAUUUAGCUCCACGAGGUUACACAGUUGAGCAGUCAGAACUGAGGCAGUUCCGAAAGUGAUGUUAUGUCAUACUGCUAACCACUGGCACACGUGGUGAAGCUUGUGGAGAACGUGGUUCCAUUCAGGUGCAGACUGGAGAACAGUGCUGUAUUUCGGGAGGCAUUACUGGACCAGCCUCAGCGCAUGCGUGGCAGAAACAAGAAAGAUGAGGUGGGAAGCGUGUUGUAGCAGAGAAAUUACGUGGAGUAACAUUAGGCAAUCUUGAAUUACUAACCAUAAAUUUAAAAAUCAGUCCAUAUAGACACAGCGUGUAUGCAACACAAUGCUCUUAUGAAGUGGUUUUUAUGCUGUUUGUGGAAAGUGAAUUCUAGUCUAUUCAUUUCAUGAUUAAUGUAAGUACUGAGAGUUCAAAAUAUGUCUUUAAGAAAUACUUUUUUCCU